GCAGCAUUGCUCCACCGUUCAGCAAUCCUGGCCUGCGCGCCUUUGCAGCCCCAUAGAUGCUGGUAUCCUUGAACACCCUUCAGUGGUGGAGCUGUCUUCGAAGAAUGAAUUCCAUGAUGCAGCCAGCACUACCAGCUCCAUCAAAGUCGUCUGCCCCGAUGGCCCCGACACGAGCUGGAACUGCUUGCCGUCCUGGAGACCCCAGCGUCAGACAGGCAAACGUAAUCGACGUAACCUUUCAGCCUUCAUGGACUUCAUUGCAGUGUGCAAUCAAAAGAACGGUGCCAUACGGUGCCUGGUUUGAUGAGGACCACACACAAAGUUUCUUGAGCCUCCGGCAGAAGCAUGCCGAGAGGCGAAAGAAGGACAUGCCCAGCAGACUGGACUGGCUGUUGUCCAUCAUCGACUCUGGAGAUUUGCAACAGCUACCCUACUUCGAGGCCCAUGGACAACUCAGGGAAGCCACAGAAGUUGGUCAGACCUGUGCACAUUGCAAUGCCAGAGUGAGCAGCAAAAGCGGCUACAAUGCGGACGAAUACCGUCCAGCUGAUCGCUGCAUGAUUUGUUUGCGCUGGCAUUGCGAGCAGCAUUGCAACUUCACUGUCAAUCUGGGCUUCUCGACUGGGGACCUGAAGCUCACCUGCUGCGAGAGGUGUCAGCGAAGUGUGGCUGUACUUCGGUGGCACAAGGAUCAGCUGCCAGAAUGCCUUUCAGAGACCCAUCGUCAGAUCAUGAUUGCCCACACUCAGCUGGCAGAACAUCUAACAAGCCUCUUCACACAUGUCAAUCAGUUCGAUGGGCUAUCUCGAAAGCUACUCGAGUCACGCAAGGAAUGGCAGACUCAAGGACAAGAUCCUGCGUUGCAGAAGGCUGUUGAGGACUGCAAAGAAGCAGUGCAACAAAGCCGUGGAAAUGCAGAUGCUGCUGAGGCUGCAAUUUCUGCGUGCUUGGUACAGCUGGACGGCACUCCCGCAAAUGGCAGGGACCUCAAGCUUCGUCAGCAAUUGGUGAGGCACACUGCAUCCCAGCUGCAGCCCUUGAAACUACGACUGAAGACAGCCCGCGCCACCGCAGAUCAGCUGAAUCGCAACUUGUCGGGGAGAAGGGGGUGACCACUCUGUGACGAAGUUUACUUACAGAGUUGGACAUUCAAGGAGUAUGCCGCCCAUUUUGUACAGCUUGGCAUGGGUGGCUACAUCAUGAGCUCGUGCUCUUUGGAAUGAUUUGGAUUUGGCACUGUCCAGUCCACAUCCGGAAUUAAUUAAUGGGAAUGUUUAGUAGCCCUUUACCCUGUUGCGACGGCGUUUCUGUACAGACAUGUGAAGAAGCAGAAACCAGCGCUUCAAUUUGGAGUUUGUCUUCGUGCCCUCCAAGAAUAGUUGCGUAAUGAAGAUGAAAAGUGCUACCGCGAAAA